GUGGAAUCGCGGGACACAUUGAACAGCAUUGCGCUCAAGUUUGACACCACACCCAACGAGCUGGUUCAACUGAACAAACUGUUCUCCAGAGCAGUGGUGCCUGGCCAGGUUCUGUACGUCCCUGAUCCCGAGUACGUCUCCAGUGUCGGAAGCUCCCCUUCCCUCAGUCCCAUCAGCCCCCUGUCUCCCACCUGCUCUGAAGCUGAUUUAGAGAAGGCGACGGAGUCCGAUGCUCCCCCCAGACCAGAAGGCAUUCACCCCCCGGUGUUCUCGGCCCUGCGCCAGUCCAGAGUGGUCUCAUCCACCUCCGAGGAGGAGGAGGCGCUCACAGAGAAGUUCCUCAAGAUCAACUGCAAGUACAUCACCGAUGGCAAGGGUGCCGUCAGCGGGGUCUUGCUGGUAACUCCCAACAACAUCAUGUUUGACCCUCACCGCAUGGAUCCUUUGGUCCAGGCCCAUGGAUGCGAAGAGUUUGGCAUCAUGUGUCCUCUGGACGAGGUGCAGUCUGCCGCCGUCUGUAAGGAGAUCACAGACCCCAAGAUCCGAGAAACCGUCCCAGAUGACUUGGAGCCUCUCCCGCCUGAGAGGCACCCCUCCCAGCAGAAGGAGCCAGAGCCCCGCCUGAGGGAGCCGGGGCCUAACGGCAACGGGAGCACAGUCCCACGAAGCACCGAAGGCUCCUUCUCGGAAGACGUCUUCACAGAGACGGAGCUGUCCCCCAUCCGGGAGGAGGAGCAAGCGUCCAGCGAGGACCUCCGCCUGGACAAGUCCUCCGGUGUGUCCACGGAGUCCGCCCAAACCGUCAGCCGAGCGGAAGCCGCCGGCCCCCAGGACCUGGGCUCCGAGGAGCCAGCCGCGGCGAAAGCAGAGGACAAUCCGCCAGACACUGCCACAAUCAACGAUAGCCAGUCCCCCAUGGGAUCCAAGCAGCACAGCGUAGAGAAGCCACCACCAAGCACACCCACCCCCACCAACACCAGCAACAGCACUAGCCAGGCACAGGGUCCCAGCAGCAGCGCCGCUCGUCCAGGGUCCCAAAGCUCAGCCGCCACCUCCGCUUCAGCCAGUCCACAGGGGGAUGCCAAUCAGGGGGCCGACGCCUCUCAAACUGACACUAUGCAACAAGGCAAGGAGGACGAGAACACGGAGCAGACGCAAAAGGACGGCACCACGAACUCUGCAGAGGGUACAGGCGCAGCAGAAAGGCCGAAGCGCCGCUCUCACAAGUUCCUGUGUCUGCGAGUGGGGAAGCCCAUGAAGAAGACGUUUAUUUCAAACGCCAGUGCCUCCAUGCAGCAGUAUGCCCAGCUAGGCAAGAAGCAUGAAUACUGGUUCGCUGUGCCACAGGAGAGAUCAGACCACCUAUAUGUAUUCUUCAUGCAGUGGAGCCCCGACAUGUACGGUGAGGGGGUCAGGGGGAUGGGACAAGAGCCUGGGUUCAUGGUUGUCAAGAAGAACGAGGUAUCGGACACUUCUGAUGACGAGCCCAUCACAGACCUCAAUGUAAAGGAGUGGGAGGUAGUGUCUCUGACGGAGUACCACCGUCGGGUUGAUGCACUAAACAGCGAAGAUCUGCGCUCGCUCUGCAAACGACUCCAGAUUACCACCAAGGAGGAGGUGAACUCCAAGCAUGGCACAUCCAUCAAAGCUGAGCUGGAGCCUGAAACAUUCAAACCCAACCUGAGGGAACCCAGUGACCUCCUGGAGGCCGACCAGAUAGAGAAGCUGGCCAGGAAUCUCCCACCACGGACCAUCGGCUACCCCUGGACGCUGGCCUUUGGCACGGCCAAGCACGGCAUGAGCAUCAAGACCCUGUACAGAGCCAUGCAGGGCCAGGACACCCCGGUCCUGCUGGUCAUUAAGGACAGCGAUGGCCAGGUGUUUGGCGCUCUGGCAUCUGAACCCUUUAAGGUCAGCGAUGGCUUUUAUGGCACUGGAGAGACCUUCCUGUUCACCUUCAAUCCAGAGUUUCAGGUUUACAAAUGGACAGGCGACAACAUGUUUUUCAUCAAAGGAGACAUGGACUCCUUAGCUUUCGGAGGAGGAAGCGGCGAGUUCGGCCUGUGGCUGGACGGAGACCUUUACCACGGCAGGAGCCACUCCUGUAAAACAUUUGGGAAUCCCAUGCUCUCCAAAAAGGAGGAUUUCUUUGUGCAGGACAUAGAGAUCUGGGCUUUUGAAUAA